CUCCCCUCCAGUCAGUUGCCUUCAAGACUCAGAUCAAGUGUCACCUCUUCGGUGAAGCCUUCCUGGAAAUCCACAUGCUUCCAAACUGGCCUCCUGUGCCCCUCUCUGUUUACUUGCUUUCUUGGCACCUUGGUCCAGCUGUUUCCCUGGUGGCUCAGACGCUCCGAUGUCCAUGUCUGACCUUCCAGUCAUGACCAGGACCAGGAUUUUCCUCCUCCUGUUGAUGGCCCUGGCUUCCUCUUUCUGCUUCAACUUGGACAUAGACCAGCCAACAACCUUCCAUGUGAACAGCGCUGGGUUUGGAUACAGCGUGGUCCAGUAUGCCAACUGGGUGGUGGUUGGAGCCCCCCAGGAGAUAAAGGCUGCUGAUCAAACGGGCGGCCUCUACCAGUGCGACUACAGCGUGGGCAAGUGUGAACCCAUCCUCCUGCCGGUGCCUCCAGAGGCUGUGAACAUGUCCCUGGGCCUGUCCAUGGUGGCCACCACCAGCCCCUUUCGGCUGCUGGCCUGUGGCCCCACCGUGCACCAUGCAUGCAGGGAGAACAUGCACUUGACCGGGUUCUGCUUCCUGCUGGCCUCCCCGUCCUGGCAGGCCCAGAGGAUCCCGGCUGCCCUGCAGGAGUGCCCGAGGCAGGAGCAGGACAUUGCCUUCCUGAUCGAUGGUUCAGGCAGCAUCUCCGCCACCAAUUUUGCCAAAAUGCUGAACUUCGUGAAGGCUAUGAUGAGGCAGUUCCAGCGUCCCAGCUCCCAGUUCUCCCUGGUGCAGUUCUCCCACAAGUUCCAGGUGCACUUCACUUUCAAAGCCUUCGCAGCCAGCUCAAACCCACUAAGCCUGCUGAACUCCGUACAGAAGCUGAGUGGGUACACGUACACGGCCACAGCCAUCAGGAGGGUCACAGAACAGCUGUUCAGUGCCUUAUAUGGGGCCCGAAAAGAUGCCUCCAAAAUCCUCAUCGUCAUCACUGACGGGCAGAAAAAAUAUGACCCUCUGGAUUACAAGGAUGUCAUUCCCAGUGCUGAGGCUGCUGGCAUCAUCCGCUAUGCAAUUGGGGUGGGAUUGGCUUUUCAAAAUAUACAUUCCUGGCAAGAAUUAAAGGACAUCGCAUCGAAGCCCUCCCAUGAACAUAUAUUUAAAGUGGAGAACUUUGAUGCUUUGAGAGACAUUCAAAACCAACUGAAAGAGAAGAUCUUUGCCAUUGAGGGUACGCAGACCAUAAGCAGCAGUUCCUUCGAACUGGAGAUGUCCCAGGAGGGCUUCAGUGCUGUGUUCAUGCCUGAUGGACCAGUUCUGGGGGCUGUGGGGAGCUUCAGCUGGUCUGGAGGUGCCUUCCUGUACCCCCCAAAUAGGAGCCCCACCUUCAUCAACAUGUCUCAGGAGCACGCAGACAUGAGGGACUCUUACCUGGGUUACUCCACAGAGCUGGCCAUUUGGAAGGGGGUACACAGCCUGGUCCUGGGGGCCCCCCGCCAUCAGCACACCGGGAAGGUUGUCAUCUUCACCCAGGUGUCCGGGCAAUGGAGGCCGAAGGCUGAAGUCACAGGGACCCAGAUCGGCUCCUACUUUGGGGCCUCCCUCAGCUCCGUGGACGUGGACAGAGAUGGCAGCUCCGACCUGGUCCUCAUCGGGGCCCCCCAUUACUAUGAGCAGAGCCGGGGGGGGCAGGUGUCUGUGUGCCCCUUGCCUCAAGCGAGGGCUAAGUGGCAGUGUGGUGCUGUCCUGCGAGGGGAGCAAGGCCACCCCUGGGGCCGCUUUGGGGCAGCUCUGACGGUGCUGGGGGAUGUGAACGGGGACAGGCUGACGGACGUGGCCAUCGGGGCCCCGGGAGAGCAGGAGAACCGGGGUGCUGUCUACCUGUUUCACGGAACCUCGGGACUGGGCAUCAGCCCCGCCCACAGCCAGCGGAUCACAGGUGCCCAGUUCUCCCCCAGCCUCCAGUAUUUUGGGCAGUCACUGAGCGGGGGUCAGGACCUCACCAUGGAUGGACUGGUGGACUUGGCUGUGGGGGCCUGGGGGCACGCGCUGCUGCUCAGGACCAGACCUGUGCUUAGGGUGUGGGCAAACAUCCGCAUCACACCUCCAGAGAUCACCAGGUCUGUGUAUGAGUGCCACCAGCAGCUGGCCUUUGCCCAGUCUCUGGGUGAGGCCAUUGUCUGCCUUCGUGUUUCUCAAAGUCCCAAGAACCGGCUGGCUAACCUCCAAAGCAUUGUGACCUUUGACCUAACCCUUGACCCUGGCCGCCUGAGUCCUCGUGCUGUCUUCGAGGAGACAAGGACUCGGAAUCUGACUCGUGUUCGAGACCUGGGGCUGACACAGCACUGCGAGCCUGUGAGGUUGCUCCUGCCGGCCUGUGUGGAGGACUCGGUGACCCCCAUCAUCUUGCGUCUCAACUUCUCCCUAGUGGGCAAGCCUGUCUCUGGCUUUGGAAACCUCCAGCCUAUGCUGGCAGUGGAUGCCCAGAGAUACUUCAUGACCUCUCUCCCCUUUGAGAAGAACUGUGGUGCCGAUCACGUCUGCCAGGACGACCUUGGCAUCUCCUUUGGGGUCUCAGGCUUGAAGACCCUGAUUGUGGGGAGUAAUCUGGAGCUGAACUUGGAAGUGAGAGUGUGGAAUGAUGGCGAGGACUCCUAUGGAACCACAAUCACCUUCUUCUACUCGCCGGGGCUAUCUUACCGACGUGUGGCAGGGGGCCAGCUGCAGUCACGUUCCCUGCGCCUGACCUGUGACAGUGCCCCCACCAGGAGCCAGGGCACCCUCAGCACCCGCUGUAGCAUCAACCACUUAAUCUUCCGUGAGGGCGCCCAGAUCACCUUCAUGGCAACCUUUGAUGUCUCCCCCACGGCCAUGCUGGGAGACCGGCUGCUUCUUGCAGCCAAUGUGAGCAGUGAGAAUAACACCCCCAAGAUGAGCAAGACCACCUUCCGGCUGGAGCUCCCAGUGAAGUACGCUGUCUACACCGUGAUCAGCAGCCAUGAACAAUCCACCAAGUACCUCAACUUCUCGGCCUCGGAGGAGGAGGAAAGCAGCGGGGCUCAGCACAGAUACCAGGUGAACAACCUGGGGCAGAGGGACCUGCCUGUCAGCAUUGACUUCUCAGUGCCCGUGGAGCUGAACCGGUUGGCCGUGUGGAAGGAUGUGGAUGUCCUCCACCCUCAGAACCCAUCCAUUCAGUGCUCUUCAGAGAGAACAGUGCCCACAGAGUCUGACUUCCUGACCCACUUGCAGAAGAAGCCUGUCCUGGACUGCUCCGUUGCUGACUGCCUGAGGUUCCGCUGUGACAUCCGCUCCUUCGGCGUCCAGGAGGAACUUGACUUCAUCCUGAAAGGCAAUCUCAGCUUCGGCUGGGUCAGCCAGACACUGCAGAAGAAGGUGUUGGUUGUGAGUGUAGCUGAGAUCACGUUCAACAGAUCCAUGUAUUCCCAGCUUCCAGGACAGGAGGCAUUUCUGAGAGCCCAGAUGGAGCUGGUGCUGGAGAAGUAUGAGGUCUAUAACCCAACCCCCAUUAUUGUGGGCAGCUCUGUGGGAGGACUGCUGCUGCUGGCUCUCAUCACAGCCAUACUGUACAAGGUCGGCUUCUUCAAACGUCAGUACAAGGAAAUGAUGGAGGGAGCAAAUGGACAGACUGCUCCAGAAAAUGGGACAGGAGACCCCCAAGUGGCCCAGUAAGAAACUACCUCCUGCUCUCCUUUGGACCUGCUCUCCCCUGAGAGGUUCCCUGGCCUUCUUACUUUCACCCAAGUCAGGCCUGAUGGGGAAGAACAUUCCACCUGAGGGAGGCUGGCAUCAGGCUGCUUUCUCUCUUUGGGAGGAUGCAGUGUGUUUGCACAAAGCACCUAGCCUGGGAAGGGCCAUUGGUCUUGUCAAGGCUCCAACUGGAAAUCCCAGGACAGGAUCCCUGCCACACCCCCUCCCCGAGAGCUAGACUUGGAAUUUCUACCUAGAAAUAGAUGGACAAUAGCCUCAGGCUCCAGUCUCCCUUCAUCCACUAACCACCGAUGGUCUUCCUAAAAUACAGUUCUGAACCAGGCUCUCAUCCUCAUCCAUCUUCAGUGGCUUCCCUUUACUCGCAGUGUAACUUCUGAACUCUUCAGCUUGUGAACCAAUACACAGAUGUUUCUUACAAACCCUGGGAUGUAUUGAAUGGAACAUUGUCUGCAUAUGGUUAGUGAUUGGAGAGCACUUUGAAGUCCUCUAUCAGAGACGUGCUGCCCCCAAUAAGGUCAUUCUUAUUAUUAUGCCACCCAUCUCAGCAUAACGCUCAAAGUGGUGCCUGGUGCUGACCUGGGAGUCAACACACAGCAGGCCAUUUCCCUGCCCUGGAGAGAUCCCACUGCUGCCACAACCAACGUGCCUGGGCCACGUGGAUGUUUUAGUUAGAAAAGCAGAAGAGGAGGCAGUUAACCAUGUGACUUGAGGUGACAUGGUCAACUGUAUCCCCUUCUGUCCCAAAACUAUCUCCCCCAUCCAUCAUAGGGUCCAAAACCCUUUAGGAUUUGGAAGCUUUGGGAACUCUGAAGGACUAAUUAUGAUGAAAUCGCCUCAAGCCGGGCUCCAUUUAGACUUUAUGAGGAUUGGGCUUUAGAGUAUUAUUUCUCAAAAGGUGCUCCACGAACCUCUGGCGGUCUCCAAUGGUCUCCUAAGUGCUAUGUUUUAGAGGGAAAAAAAAAGCAAGAAACAGUUUUAAACCCAUGCAUCUCACACAUUUGAACCUGGUGACUUUCACAGAAAUCCUGCUAUAUUCUUAAUAAUUGUGUUCCUAAAGCUUGUCCCUGGACUCCAAGGACUGCAGGGGGCUCUUGUCUAACAUGCAGGCAAUGGGUGCUAUUUUUACAUAAUUUUCCUUCAUGUUUUAUUGCUUCCCUUCAUUAUAUUUACAUUUUUUCAGGAUUGCUAUCUAAUUGUAUUAUAUCUCCAAAUGAAAAAAAAAAGGAUCAAUGGCUCAAAAA